AUGUCUACUUAUCUGAGGACCAACACCCGGGUCAUGGGCGCCGUCAAGGCCCAGCCCUGGAAGGUUGGCUGCGUUGCCGCCGGCCGCAGCGUCAUGAGGACUUAUUCCUCGAGCGCCGAGCCCGACUUGAAGACCACUCUCAAGGAGGUCAUCCCCGCCAAGCGAGAGCUUCUCAAGAGGGUCAAGGCCCACUCCGACAAGGUCAUUGGCCAAGUCAAGGUCGAGAACACCCUCGGCGGCAUGCGAGGCCUCAAGGCCAUGGGCAAGACCGGCACCGAGAUGCUUCCCGAAGCCAUGUUCUGGCUCCUCCUCACUGGACAAGUGCCUUCCACCAACCAAGUCCGCGUGCUCUCGCGAGAGCUGGCCGAGCAGGCCGCCCUCCCCGAGUUCGUCAACAAGAUGCUUGACAACUUCCCCAAGGACCUGCACCCCAUGACCCAGUUCGCCAUGGCCGUCUCGGCCCUCAACUACACCUCCAAGUUUGCCAAGGCGUACGAGGAGGGCCUGAACAAGGCCAACUACUGGGAGCCCACCUUUGACGACUGCAUCUCGCUGCUCGCCAAGCUCCCCACCAUCGCCGCCAAGAUCUACCAGAACGCCUACCGUGGCGGCGGUGCCCUCCCUGCCGAGGAUCUUUUGAGGCUGUACCUCGCCCUCCACGGAGACCACGAGGGUGGCAACGUCUCGGCCCACGCUACCCACCUGGUGGGCAGCGCUCUCAGCGAUCCCUUCCUCAGCUACAGCGCCGGCCUCCAGGGUCUCGCCGGACCCCUUCACGGACUUGCCGCGCAGGAAGUCCUCAGGUGGAUCAUCCAGAUGAAGGAGGCCAUUCCUGCCUCCUACACGGAAACUGAUAUCCACGACUACCUCUGGUCCACGCUGAACUCGGGUCGUGUCGUUCCCGGAUACGGCCACGCCGUUCUUAGGAAGCCCGAUCCCAGGUUCGAGGCCCUCAUGGACUUCGCCUCUAGCAGGCCCGAGAUCGCCAAGGACCCCGUCUUCCAGCUUGUCGCCAAGAACAGCAGGAUCGCCCCCGAGGUGCUGAAGAAGCACGGAAAGACCAAGAACCCCUACCCCAACGUCGACUCCAGCUCCGGAGUCUUGUUCCACCACUACGGCUUCCACGAGACCCUGUACUACACCGCAACCUUUGGCGUUUCGCGAGGUCUUGGUCCUCUCGCCCAACUCAUCUGGGAUCGUGCCCUCGGAUUGCCCAUCGAGAGGCCAAAGAGCAUCAACUUGGAGGGUCUCCUCAAGGCGGCUGAGAGUGCGUAA